AUGGUACUGCUCUCCAAAUUCAUGACCUGGCUUCUCGUAGCAAGUACGGCUAUCUCAACUCAAGCUGGCAAUGAUAAAUGCUCUACCGAUCAAGAUCUCUCAUCUUACGAUCUUGUCGAGCUCCAAGCUCUACGCUCAGAAUGGACAACUGGUGUCGACAUAGCUUUCAAGGAGCAUGGCUGGGAGCAUCUGCCAAACAGACUUAAGAACUGGAUUUUGGAACAUCCCUGGCAAACGGCCUUCCAUAUUGUAAAUGGAGUAGUUCUCUUUACGCCAGCUGGAGCAACAUCCUUUGCAUCGUUUCUGCAAAGUAAAAUCGGUUUGGUGGCGGCAAAGAGUUGGUUCGCACUGUUUCAAAGCGCGCCCAUGGGUGGUUGGGGAUCACCUAUUGUGAAUACGGCUACACAGUUCGGAGCUCUUGCAAAUAGCUUCGUUGCUGCAGCUUGGGAGUGGAGUCAUGGGAAUAGUACGGCGUAG